AACGCUUCUUUCAACAGCAGCAAAAGUAAUUCAGCCACCUCGGUAGCUUGCUAGUCAAAAUAGACCAACCAAUAAAGCUCUUUCGACGCUUUAGUGUAUAUUAGCCACUGUAUUUUAAACCCACUUCUGUCGUCUAGUUAGUUAUCCUUUUUAAUUUCAUAAUUUUCAUAUUUACGGUAUUGUUUUCAUUCAUCUAGCGGGCUGGUUAAGUUAGCAUUAGCCUAGCUAGCUAACAUCUCCAACCAUGAGGUCACUAAGCUACUCUCUUGUUAAUGAAGAGGAGGACUGCUGGACGGAGAAAGAAGCUCUCGUCAAAGAGGAGGAAGAGGAGGAUGUCACAGUAAAACAAGAAUUAGAGGGUGAGGCUGUUACAGUUAAACAAGAAGUAGAGGAUGAGACUGUUACAGUGAAAGAAGAAGAGAAAGACGUUUCAGUGAAAGAAGAGGAAGACGCGUUCAAAGAGGAGGAGGAUUUUACAGUAAAAGAAGAGGUGGAUGCUUUUGGGGUGAAAGAGGAGGAGGGGGAGAUGACUGUCAGAUCGAAAAAGGAGGAGGAGGAAACUGGAUAUCUGGGCCCGGUUUCCCAAACGCAUCUUAAGGCAUCCAAUGGUUCUAAGGAUGAACUUAGCCAUAAUAUGGUUUUGAGAGACCGUUCCCUGAUUAACACAAGAGAGAGACGGGACAGUCGUGGAUCCUCUGGGGAGCCUCAACAACCUCAUGAUGCUAAAAAGGCAGAGAAGAGUCUCUCCAGAUCAGAACACCUCAAUAAACACCAGCAGAGACCCACAGGGAAGAGAACUCACUGCUGCUCUGACUGUGGGAAGAGAUUCACCUCCUCAUCAGGCAUUCAAAUUCAUCAGAGAAUCCACACAGGAGAGAAACCUUAUAGUUGUGGUCAAUGUGGGAAGAGUUUUACUACAUCUGGCUCUCUGACUUUACACCAGAGAAUACACACAGGAGAGAAAUCUUAUAGCUGUGAUCAAUGUGGGAAGAGUUUUACUACAUCUGGCUCUCUGACUUUACACCAAAGAACACACACAGGAGAGAAACCUUAUAGCUGUGAUCAAUGUGGGAAGAGUUUUACUAGAUCUGACUCUCUGACUUUACACCAAAGAAUACACACAGGAGAGAAACCUUAUAGCUGUGAUCAAUGUGGGAAGAGUUUUACUAGAUUUGGCCAUCUGACAUUACACCAGAGAACACACACAGGAGAGAAACCUUAUGGCUGUGAUCAAUGUGGGAAGAGUUUUACUAGAUCUAGCUAUCUAACUAUACACCAGAGAAUACACACAGGAGAGAAACCUUAUAGUUGUGAUCAAUGUGGGAAGAGUUUUACUAGAUCUAGCUAUCUAACUAUACACCAGAGAAUACACACAGGAGAUAACCCUUAUGGCUGUGGUCAAUGUGGGAAGAGUUUUACUACGUCUGGCUCUCUGACUUUACACCAAAGAACACACACAGGAGAGAAAUCUUUUAGCUGUGAUCAAUGUGGGAAGAAUUUUACUAGAUCUGACUCUCUGACUUUACACCAAAGAACACACACAGGAGAGAACCCUUAUGGCUGUGAUAAAUGUGGGAAGAGUUUUUGUCAAUCUAGUGAUCUGACAGUGCACCAGAGAACACACACAGGAGAGAAACCUUAUGGCUGUGAUCAAUGUGGGAAGAGUUUUACUAGAUCUAGCUAUCUAACUAUACACCAGAGAAUACACACAGGAGAGAAACCUUAUAGCUGUGAUCAAUGUGGGAAAAGUUUUGUUCAAGCUGGCCAUCUGACUCAACACCAAAUAACACACACAGGAGAGAAACCUUAUAGCUGUGCUCAAUGUGGGAGGGGUUUUACUACAUCUCGCUAUCUGACAGUACACCAGAGAAAACACACAGGAGAGAAAUCUUAUAGCUGUGAUCAAUGUGGGAAGAGUUUUGUUCAAGCUUGCCAUCUGACUCAACACCAGAGCACACACAUAGGAGAGAAAUCUCAUAGCUGUGACCAGAGAUAAUCUGAUAAAAGAUCUCUGAUCAAAUAUUAGAAAAUACAUACAUGAAGGAGUUGUUUCAUUAUAUCAAUGAAUUAAUGUCACAAUGUAGAAUGUUUUAACAUUGUAGUAGGAGUAUUUUAAUGAUGUCACAAUGUAGAAUGUUUUAACAUUGUAGUAGGAGUAUUUUAAUGAUGUCACAAUGUAGAAUGUUUUAACAUUGUAGAAGGAGUAUUUUAAUGAUGUCACAAUGUAGAACCCUAAACGUUUGUCCCCUGUUCUAUUGAUUUCAACAUGAUAUGGAUAUUAGCCUCAGGGGGAAAUCCAGGCUCUGAAUUGGAAGAGUACUAUUUAUGUGAUUUAACAAAAAGUGACUAACACAAAAAGAGCUGUGUUACACUUACCACGUUGAUGACCCACUUGAAUCAAAAUGCAACACUUCAAAAUGUAGCGAUCUGUUUUCUACAAAUUGUCCUCUAAUCAGGGAUGUACACAUUAUUCCCAUAUUCUGUGUGUUUUUUGAGCUUUUAGUUUUAACAGGACGCGUAACCUCAUCUCCCUUCUGUCACACAAAUGAUUUUGACAUGAUAGCGAUGAGUGAUGACAAAUAAGGGUUGUGUUCCUUUGUUUAGCGUCCCCUACAUUUAAAUGCAUCACUCCAAAAUGUAGCUGACUGUCUUCUGCAGGUUGUCCUCUAACCAGUGAGGUAAAAUAUAUCUCCCAUUUCCAUGUGUUUUUUUUAGUUGUGUUAGUUUCAACAGCAUGUACAUUCUGAUUUCCCCCCUAAUCGAUAUCAGUGAUUUAUUGCUACUUGUCAAAACAACAGCGUUUUUGGUGCUUGUGCAGUUUAUAAGGAGCUUGUUUUAAAAAAUACAAUUAUUGUGGCAGAUGUUUGUGUAUUUACCACAUGUUAGGUUUUCAAUUGAUCCCAAACUGUUUCUGCAUAUUGGUUAUUGAUUUGGACACUUGAAACUGUGUUUUGACAUUGGGGCUAUCCCACCUAGCAACUAUGCAACCAAAUAUUUCAUAUUUACAUUUCAUGUAACAUUUGGUAAUGGUAAUUAUUUAUGCAACCAACUGACAAUUAUAUUGACAUUGUGCUUUUAGAAUAGCAGGGUUCAUUCUCAGAUGUGCCAACCCAAAUGUACUAGAGCAUGACAUUGGGGACUGGGCCCAGAUCCAACAACAUGCCUAUCGAGUGAUCCCUGAAAAGAGAGAGAAGCUCCACAGUGAGGUGGAAAGUUACUACGGAUAUUGCAGGAGUUUCCUCUUGAAAUCAGACAUGUCUGUGGUGAGAACAACCUGGUUGCUGAUUGUCUCAAGGGGGGCAGUCAAAAUGUUUUGCGUUUUGCCAGUGCGUUGCCAUGGAUCACAAUUUAUUUUGACUGUUUUUCCGUAUUGGAGAUUAGUUUUGUUUGGGCUCGUUCCAAGGGGACAAGAGUUCUAGAAGUUAGUGAGUUUUAGGAAAAAUAAAUAUUGUUUUUAGUUGUUGUUAGACAGACACCAUGUUUAUAUUGGUGAUGGUGAAGCAUUGUAGUUGAUUAUAAUGUGACAUGGAAGUUGUUUUCUGUUGGUGGUGAGCAUUCUCUUAAGCUUUUGGUUUUUCCAUUUAUGUUUUUAGGUUGGACUUUAGCACGUAUAGCUCGUUAGCACGUAGGACCCACUGAUUGGUGUCACCUCGUUAGUCAGUAUGUGUUACACCUGUGCUGGCUUGUCCAUCUCGUUAGUGGGAAGGUGUUUCACCUGAGCUGGUCCAGGUUCUAUUUAAGAGUGUCUGGCCCAGUGCUCCAGUUGUCUUGAUAGAUGUGGAGAGUCAACACCUUUAGUUGCUCCACCUUUUUGGUUUGCUUCCUGUCUUUAAGUUUGGUGUGGAUUUUUUUAUUUUGUUUGCUUCUUCUUGGGCAGAUUUAGUGGGACUCAUGGUGGGUGUCUUUUAUGUCCCAGUUGUUGUUACUUGUCAAUUUUCAGAGGACACCCCCAUAGUGUCUUUCAGAGCCCCUCCUAAAAAAACAAGCUGAUAUUUUGGGUUGGAUGUUGCAUCCAAUUAAUAUUUUAAUCAAUGGCAUUUCCUUAGAAUGUUCAUUAGUCUUUCAGUUGUUAAUCUUCUGUUUUUUUUAUCCUGUUAUUUUUGUGUACUAAGUAUUUCUGUUUAUUUUCAUUGUUUUCUCCUGUAAAGCCAUUGUGUUGCAUCCAUGUCUGAAAUGUGCUGUAUAAAUAAAGCUUGAUUUGAUGACUGACCAAUCAACAGACUCUUGGUCCAUCUUAGUAUGAAAAUCAGUAUCAAUCCCACUUUUCAAGCCUGCUGAAGGCGUGUUGGAGUGGUAAACACGACCCCCGGCUCUACCAGGGGCUUGAGGUGGUCUCCCACAGCUCUGCUGGUGGAGUUUUGUGUCCUAAAUAUUUCUGUAUGUUUUCAUUGUUUUCUCCUGUGAAGCCAUUGUGUUGCAUCCAUGUCUGAAAUGUGCUGUAUAAAUAAAGCUUGAUUUGAUUUCAACAAAUGAACCCAAUGACUGACCAAUCAACAGACUCUUGGUCCAUCUUAGUAUGAAAAACA